GGUUUGGCUGGUCCUUGUUGAGGUCUUCGUGAUUGCCUCACCUGUGGUAUCAGACAUCAUAACAUGGGGCUUACCAAGCAAUACCUACGCUAUGUUGCCAGUGCAGUCUUUGGCCUGAUUGGUAGCCAAAAAGGUAAUGUUGUUUUUGUGACGCUUCGUGGUGAGAAAGGACGCUAUGUGGCUGUACCAGCUUGUGAACAUGUUUUCAUCUGGGACUUAAGGAAAGGAGAAAAGAUCCUCAUCCUUCAGGGGAUUAAACAAGAAGUCACUUGCUUAUGCCCCUCCCCAGAUGGGCUGCACUUAGCAGUUGGUUAUGAGGAUGGGUCUAUCCGAAUCUUCAGUCUCCUGAGUGGGGAAGGAAACGUGACCUUCAAUGGACACAAAGCAGCUAUCACUACCUUAAAGUAUGAUCAGCUAGGAGGCAGGCUGGCAUCUGGGUCCAAGGACACAGAUAUUAUUGUGUGGGAUGUGAUCAAUGAGAGUGGCCUCUACCGUCUGAAGGGGCACAAGGAUGCCAUCACACAAGCAUUGUUUCUACGAGAAAAGAAUCUGCUAGUUACUAGCGGGAAAGAUACCUUGGUGAAAUGGUGGGACCUUGAUACCCAGCACUGCUUCAAAACAAUGGUUGGCCACCGAACUGAGGUGUGGGGUUUGGUUCUGGUGUCAGAAGAAAAGAGACUCAUCACAGGGGCCUCAGACAGUGAACUGAGGGCUUGGGACAUCACCUAUCUGCAAGAGAUUGAAGAUUUGGAAGAACCAGAGCCCAAGAAAAUCAAAGGGCUUUCCCUGGGACUGCAGGACACACAUGAGGCAAAGGAUGGUACCCUCGAGCUGGACGAAGCUCCUGAGGAUCGCAUCGUUUCGUGCAGAAAAGCUGGUUCCAUAAUGCGGGGAGGAAGGGACAGAGUUGUGAACCUUGCUGUUGACAAGACAGGCAGAAUUCUCGCCUGCCAUGGAACUGAUUCUGCGCUAGAAGUAUUUUGUAUUCUUUCCAAGGAAGAAAUUCAGAAGAAAGUGGAUAAGAAGAUGAAGAAAGCUAGAAAGAAAGCAAAAUUAAAUUCUUGCAAAGGGGAGGAGAAAGACCUUGAAAUCAAUGUUGAAACAGGUCUGCAAGAUGAAAUCCAACGGGUGACUAACAUCAAAACUUCUGCCAAAAUCAAAUCCUUUGACUUGAUUCAUUCACCUCAAGGAGACUUAAAGGCUGUCUUCCUGCUGCAAAACAAUCUGGUGGAAUUAUAUUCACUGAAUCUAUCUGCAUCUACACCCCAGGCUGUCAGGACAAGCAGAAUCACCAUUGGGGGUCAUCGCAGUGAUGUGCGGACCUUGUCAUUCAGCUCCGACAAUAUUGCUGUCCUGUCAGCAGCAGCUGAUUCCAUUAAGAUAUGGAACAGGUCUACACUGCAGUGUAUUCGCACAAUGACCUGUGAAUAUGCGCUUUGCUCAUUUUUUGUACCUGGUGAUAGACAGGUAGUCAUCGGAACAAAGACAGGGAAGCUGCAGCUUUAUGACUUGGCCUCUGGAAAUCUGCUGGAGACGGUAGAUGCACAUGAUGGAGCUUUGUGGUCCAUGUCCCUCUCUCCAGAUCAGCGUGGCUUUGUGACAGGUAGUGCAGAUAAAUCUGUCAAGUUCUGGGAUUUUGAAUUGGUGAAAGAUGAAAAUAGUACCCAAAAGAGACUUUCUGUGCAGCAGACCCGGACCUUGCAACUAGAUGAGGAUGUCCUGUGUGUCAGUUACUCUCCCAACCAAAAGCUGUUGGCUGUGUCUUUGCUGGACUGUACUGUGAAAAUUUUCUAUGUUGACACUCUGAAGUUUUUUCUCUCACUGUAUGGACACAAACUGCCUGUUCUGUGCAUGGACAUCUCUUAUGACGGGGCACUAAUAGCAACCGGCUCUGCUGAUAGGAAUGUGAAAAUCUGGGGCUUGGACUUUGGGGACUGCCACAAGUCUCUGUUUGCACAUGAUGACAGUGUGAUGUACCUACAGUUUGUACCCAAGUCUCGCCUCUUCUUCACUGCUGGAAAAGACCGUAAGAUUAAGCAGUGGGAUGCAGACAAAUUUGAACACAUACAAACUCUGGAGGGUCACCACCAGGAAAUAUGGUGCUUGGCUGUAAGCCCCAGUGGGGACUAUGUUGUGUCAGCAUCCCAUGACAAAUCUCUGAGACUCUGGGAGAGAACAAGGGAGCCACUUAUUCUUGAGGAAGAAAGGGAGAUGCAAAGGGAAGCAGAAUAUGAGGAGAGUGUGGCCAAAGAAGACCAACCAGCAGUUCCAGGGGAGACUCAAGGCGAGAACUACUUUACUGGAAAGAAAACUAUUGAAACAGUCAAAGCAGCUGAGAGGAUCAUGGAGGCUAUAGAGCUAUACCGAGAAGAAACUGCAAAAAUGAAAGAACACAAAGCCAUUUGUAAAGCUGCAGGGAAAGAGGUUCCUCGUCCCAUCAACCCCAUCUUGAUGGCUUAUGGCAAUAUCUCACCUUCAGCUUAUGUAUUAGAGAUUUUUAAAGGAAUCAAGUCAAGUGAGCUGGAAGAAUCUCUGCUUGUGCUACCUUUCUCUUACGUCCCAGAUGUUCUUAAGCUUUUCAAUGAAUUCAUCCAGCAGGGCUUUGAUGUUGAACUUCUGUGUAGGUGUCUCUUCUUUCUCCUCAGAAUUCACUUUGGGCAGAUCACUAGCAACCAAAUGCUUGUGCCAGUGAUAGAAAAAUUAAAGGAAACAACUAUUUCAAAAGUCAGCCAAGUCCGGGAUGUUAUUGGCUUCAAUAUGGCCGGCCUUGAUUAUCUCAAGAGGGAAUGCGAGGCAAAAAGUGAAGUUAUGUUUUUUGCUGAUGCCGCAAGCAACUUGGAAGAGAAGAAGAGAAAGAGGAAAAAGCGGGAGAAGCUAAUUUUAACAUUGACUUAGAAGUGAAAUGUGGUGCCUUUUUCUGCUCUUUUCUUAAAAGGACUUCCAAACCUAGCAGCAGUAGAGUUGGCUUAAAAAUACCAAAUAAAAGAGGCUCAUGUUGCAGAAGAUUUUAGGAUGUGAUUCCCAGCUUUGCCUGAGGGAAUUCCAACACAGGACUAUGGGCUCCAUUUCUUGGGCUCAAAGGCAUGAUUAGUGUAAAAGUCUUUCUGUGUUCUCAAACUCCUGUAGAAGUUGUUCCCUUUAUGUUUCUAGCAGGAAGCAAAGACUUUUUAAAAUUAGGUAUUUAUUUCACUAGAGUUGAAAUUAGCAUUUCAAAACUUCUUCUUUUAUAGCAGAUGAUUUGUUGGAUGACGUGUUACCUUGUUGUAUUAGGUUUUACCUCCUAUUGAAACACUCAAGUGCAUAAUUGAUUGCCCUUUGCCCAUAAAUACAGUUAUGGACUUUCAGAGCUGAAAGGGACUGUAAGAAGUAUCUAGAAGAGCCUUCCUAAACAUAAUCUCUUGCAGAUUGUUUUAUAUCUGUAUAAAAAAAAAAGAUUAUAAUUACUGUUUAUACUUCUGUGAAAAGAAAUAGUUGUUUCUAAUUAAAGAAUAGUCAAACUGAGAUGUCUUUCUGGACUUGCAUAAUGAAUAUACUAUAUGCAUAUAUAUAAUUAUAUAUCUCCUAGGGAUUUGGUGAGGUGGGAAUGGUCUGGGAAAAGAGAUUGACACAGAUACCUUUGGUCCUAGGCAUUUCUUUGUGGGAAGUUUUUAAAUUACUAAUUCAAUCUUCUUACUUGUUGUAGGUCUAUUCAGGUUUUCUUUAUCUUCCUGAGUCAGUUUUGGUGGUUUGUGUUUUUCUAUGAAUUUGUCUGUUUCAUCUAAGUAACUGUUGUAGGUGCUACCAUUUUCAUCCCAGGCUCAGAGUUUUUGUGGUUUGGCUAUCUGUGUCCCAAAUCAUGCAUCUGUUAAUGUUCCCAAGCAUAACACAGUCACUGAAGUGAGAUAAGGAAUAUACAAAAACACAAAAACAAAAAACCAAACCUGGUGCCAUAGGGUCGAUUCCAACUCAUAGCAACUCUAAUAGGACAGAGCAGAACUGCCCCACAGGGUUUCCAAGGAGCAGCUGGUAGAUUCAAACUGCUGGCCUUUUGGUUAGCAGUCAAGCUCUUAACCACUGUGCCACCAGGGCUCCAAUUGUCAGGUAGAAUAAAAGUGAAGAGAGAAUUUUGGCAUAGAUUUCCUGAAGGCUUAACUGUGAAAAGUAAGAGAAUAGAUAAUAAAAUACAUUCUAAGUGUUUUCCAGUCUGAGCAAUCAACCUUUAUUUAGGUGGCUGUUCCUGCCACUAGGGAGAGGAGUUACUUAAUUCUCAAAAUAUGUCUCAAUUAUUGAUGAAAGCAGAGGCUGAGUCCAUAUCCUGUUUGUGCGUCUUGUAGCUUUCCAUUAGAACCUAAAAAAAUUGCAGUGUUUCCCAUAAACAUUUUUACUGGUUUCCAGACCAAAACAAGUUCUAGGAGGCCACUCUAAAUGUGUAUGGCAUCAAUAAUUGCUCUUACGUUUAAAGAUUGCUUUUCCACUAUUUAAGGCUCAUUAGACUGACAGUACUAGGAAAUUUAAAGAAAGUGUUACAGUAAUCAAAGAGAAGGGGAACUUGUGUCAUAUGAAGUGAUGUGUACAGUUAGUAACUGAGCUACCUACAUCUUUUGGUCAAAAUACAUGAAACUCUUUACUCCUAAAGGUUUGAGGUUAACAGGAGAGCAGAAAAGCGUUUUAAAACAAACAGGCUUCUAUUUAAGUCAGCAUUUAUUGGCUUAGCCAGCCAUUGGCUGUGCACAAUCCAAAGGAUAGAAACCAUUUAAUGAAUGCAGCAAGUUACCUAUAACUCUUCAAAUGUUGCAGUAAGUUAUCUAUAGAAGCCUGUAAUGGAAAAAGAGAAGCCUCAUAAAUGGUUUAUUAAGAGUAUUACAACUAAGCUUUUUUAAUUAAAUACGUAAUGUACAUUUAAAGAAGAUACACCUAAUAAUUUUGAAAUUCUCUAGCUGGAAGUUAGGUGUUUGGAGUAUUUAGUAUUCAAUGGUUUCUCAGUGAAAUGUGUCAUAUUGUCCCAUAAGAAAUCUAGUAAAUCUCUAGGAGAGAAUAAGGACAGCCCAAGAAAGCAGUGGAGUCAAUCCCUGUGCCUAGGACUGUAUCUAGGCCUCCACUCACCUGUCAGCUGUAACUGAUAAGCAUGCCCAAUGCAGCCUUUCCAGGCCAGAUCUCACCUAGGAAGGAGAGGGAGGGCAUGGACAGGGCCGUAGGAGGAAGCUAUCUGGGCUAUGUAGACCAUCCAUAAGCCACUCCCUUUCCUCUUAAUUUAAGAUCGUGAGUAUUGAAGACUUGUACUCCAAGGCCUUUCACAUUGUUUCUGAGGUCUUUUUAGGAUCCCAAGCAGUCUGAUACAUGUUUAGUGCUAGUUGCCUUGUGUGUAAUCACUUCCCCUUGAGUGUGGGCUGGACCUAGUGACUGGCUUCUAACGAGUAGAAUACAGGUAGUCCCUAACUUACAAUGGGGUUCCAUUCCGACGACUCCAUUGUAAGUCAGUUCUGAUGUAAGACAAAUACCUCAAUUUUUUUUGGUUUUAUUACUGCCUUUUUAUCAGUGUCUAUAAAUCCAAUGUUUAUUUGUCUUUGGGCGUGGGAAACAUUACAUAUAAACUUACAGAU